CAGAAAGGGCGGGACUUCCAGUAGAAGCGGCAGGUUUGAAAAGUGGCAACGGUUGGCAUUUGCUGGUUUUUGACAGUGUGUCGCUGCUCAGCGAACUCCUGUUCUUCUGGCCGGCUGCUAAGGCAGAAAGUGAGGGCGAGCCGGCGCCGGAGGACAGAGGAGGCCGACCGAGACGUUUUACAGCUCCUUAGGCGUCGAGACACUGCUCAAAGUGUUUUCGUUGUGCGCGGUGCGGAGGCAAGGCGGAAGAAACUAGCGCCUAAAAGUGGAGGGCCAGCCUCUAGCUCCUAUUCAAUUGACUUUAGUUCCCAGAAGACCUGAGAGACUUGAACUCAUCACCUGACGCUUGUCAGACUAGAAGGAGACGUCCAAGAUGGAAACUUUGUCUUUUCCCAGAUAUAAUGUAGCUGAGAUUGUGGUUCAUAUUCGCAAUAAACUCUUAACUGGAGCUGAUGGUAAAAACCUCUCCAAGAAUGAUCUUUACCCAAAUCCAAAGCCUGAAAUAUUGCACAUGAUUUACAUGAGAGCCUUACAAAUCGUAUAUGGAAUUCGACUGGAGCAUUUUUACAUGAUGCCAGUUAACUCAGAAGUCAUGUAUCCACAUAUAAUGGAGGGCUUUUUACCUGUCAGCAAUUUAUUUAUUCAUCUAGAUUCAUUCCUGCCCAUCUGCCGGGUGAACGACUUUGAGAUUGCUGAUAUCCUGUAUCCAAAAGCAAAACGGACAAGUCGAUUUUUAAGUGGAAUUAUCAACUUUAUUCACUUCAGAGAAGCAUGCCGUGAGACAUAUAUGGAAUUUCUUUGGCAAUAUAAAUCCUCUGUGGACAAAAUGCAGCAGCUAAACACUGCACACCAGGAGGCAUUAAUGAAAUUGGAGAAACUUGAUUCUGUUCCUGUUGAAGAGCAAGAAGAGUUCAAGCAACUUACAGAUGAUAUUCAGGAGCUGCAACAAUCACUAAAUCAGGAGUUUCGUCAAAAAACGAUAGUUCUGCAAGAGGGAAAUUCCCAAAAGAAAUCAGAUAUUUCAGAGAAAACUAAGCGUUUGAAUGAACUAAAAUUGUCAGUGGUUACACUGAAAGAAGUACAAGAUAAUUUAAAGACAAAAAUUGUGGAUUCUCCAGAGAAGGUAAAGAAUUAUAAAGAAAAAAUGAAAGACACAGUGCAGAAGCUUAAACAUUCCAGGCAAGAAGUGAUGGAAAAGUAUGAAAUCUAUAGAGACUCGGUUGACUGCCUGCCUUCCUGUCAGCAGGAGGUGCAAUUAUAUCAAAAGAAAAUCCAGGACCUUGCGGAUAAUAGGGAAAAAUUAACCAGUAUCUUAAAGGAGAGCCUGAACUUAGAGGACCAAAUUGAGAACGAAGAGUCAGAACUGAAGAAACUGAAGACUGAAGAAAAUUCAUUCAAAAGACUGGUGAUUGUGAAAAAGGAGAAACUUGCCACAGCACAAUUCAAGAUAAAUAAGAAGCACGAGGACGUUAAGCAGUACAAGCGAACAGUAAUCGAGGAUUGCAAUAAAGUUCAAGAAAAAAGAGGUGCUGUCUUUGAGAAAGUGACAACAAUUAAUCAAGAAAUCAAAAAAAUUAAAUUUGGAAUUCAGCAGCUGAAAGAUGCCACUGAAAGGGAGAGACUGAAGUCGCAGGAAAUAUUUCUAAGCUUGAAAACUGCUGUAGAGAAAUACCAUGAAGGCAUUGAAAAGGCUGUGGAGGACUGUUAUGCUCGGAUAGAUGAAAAAGCUGCUGAACUAAAGAAGAGAAUGUUCAGAACGUCAGCCUGUCAACAUAAUGUCACCUUGUAAAUAAUGUCACCUUGUAAAUAGCUUGCCAUUCUCUUAAUUUUUGUUUGGGAAGGAAAUAGUUAAGUUAAUUUUGGUUCAGACUUUUAUAGACUUAUAAGUGAUCAUUUCAUAAGAUGUAUAUUCAAUGUAAUUUUUUAAAAAAAAUUUAUAGUUAAAAUAGUUACACAGCUAAUUGUUGUAAAACAAUUUUGUUUUACGCAGUUAUUUAGAGUAAAACAAAAAUAGUUGCCUUUAAAUCAGUAUUUUUUUCUGUUAUUAUCAUGGCUGUUGUUACUUUAUUGACAUGCAGAACUGUAGCAGUACUGAGCCUUGGCAGCACCCUAAGUUUUGUAGUUAGACACUCAUUUGAUUCUCUUACGCAGAUCAAGGUAGAUAUUGUAGUAUAUGUGAUGCCAAAUUGAGCACAAGGCAGACAUUCAUAUUACUACUUUAUAAAGUAAUUAUGAAGCUCUGCAAAGAUUAACUGGGCCAAACUUUGACCUACGUUCUACACUAUACUGAAAUCAGACAAGUUUUCAUUAUACCACACUUUGUAAUGUAAUUAGUUAAAAGAGAGAAUUUGAGGGUGGUAGUCAGUGUUUUCAUUGAUGCCAUUGGCCUUUUCAUGAGAAAAAUGAGCUAAAACAUGUAAAGUUGUUAGCACAGUGCCUGACAUAUGGUAGACAUUCAGUACCUAUUAAUAGUUAGCAUCAUGGGUGUUUGACAGAGGUAGUAAACUGUAAUCAAAGGUUCCCAUUAGAGUAAAGAACCCAGAAUAAAAGGAACAGCAACAAUGAGUUCUCAGGGAGGAACAGACAGGAAUGUGUACUUGAGCUUUCUGCUUUGACCCUUCCUUGCAUUUCUUUAUUCGUGAGUGUUAAUCCCAUAGACAAAUCUGCCUGUGAGACUAGAUAACAUGACUAAAUCUCUUAUCUAAGACAUUUUAACUCCCUGGACCUGUCUCCAUCAUUAGUCACUGCUUUUUCUUGCACAACCAAAUUUCUAAAAACCCAUUCUAUGCUUGGGAAUCUGUCUAUUGUGGCAUCAUGGCUUUGAUCAUGGCUACAUGUUCAUCGUUGUCUUCCUUAAAUUCUACUUGUCUAUUUAAUGCUUUUUUCCCCCGGGGUUUAUCUCAGGAACAGCACUCUUGGUUGUCAUAAUUCAGUAUUUGUUCCUUUAAAUUUAUUUUCCCAGAGAACUUUGUUCUGUUACCCCCUGAAUGUUUGUUUUCUAGGCUGCUUCUCUUGCUGCUCAUCCCAACCUCUGUACUCCUUUUGGGAAACUUAUUGAUGCCCCUGGAUUCAGCUGGAAAUUAAAUCCUCAUAUAACUAUUAGUAAAUUUAUGUACCUUUUACUACAUUUAUGUCUCUCUUCAUUUUCAGACUCGCAUAUCCUAAACUGGGUGUUUUUAACCUUUUGGCAUUUUGGUGAAGCCAAGUGAGCUCUUUCAGAAUAAUAUUUUUCAUGCAUGAAAUAAAAUAUGGGAUCAUAAGAGAAAAUAGUUAAAAUCAGAUAUGAUGAUCAAAUAUUAAAGACCAUUGUGAUGAAUUCAUAUCAGUGGCUGUACUUUUGUUCAAGUUGGAAAAGGCACUCAUCCACCCUUUUAUACCAUUCACACCUGACUCCCUUGUAUGCAUUUGGGUUUGGUUAUCAGAAAUGACAGGUGAAUGUACUCAAGUAUCCCUCUCACAUUUCUUGUACUCAUGUUUCAAUUACAUCCUCAUCAUUUCUCAUCUGAUAAUACUUGUAAUAGUCUUACUGUAGUCUCCAAUACUUCCACAUAGGUAUGAGAGUGUAUAAUCUAACAUGAAAUUAAACUGUUAGUGGUCUGUACAGUCCUUCGGCUUCUCAAACUGUUCUCACAGUGAACUAACUCACAGGAACCAUGACAUGUUUUAAAAUUUCCAGUGAAAACAGUAAUAUUCGAUAAGACACCACAGUAAAUUACUAGUUCAACCUGGUUCACUGUUGUACCCUGGUAUGUAUACCUUUAAUGAUACCCAUGAAACUGGGUUUAUGUUUUUGUUUUUUCUGCAAGUGUCUGAAUAUCAUGGAACAGGAAAUGAAGGUUACAAUGUUUAAACAGAUUCUAAGGAUUGAAAAAUUGUAUAGUUUGCCCAAUAGACAUAGAUAUAGAAUUAGUAACUAGUUAUUUAAGAAUAAAAUAAAAAUAUUAUUUCAA